GAUUUAUUAGGUAUCAAUUUUGUAACCGACCUUUCUUGAAUUUGGACGCACACGCAUCAACAUUUACUCAAAAUUAUUUCCUCAAAAACAUUUCCUUUUCUGUCUCUGCACUUCCACCAUUAACCAACGCUAAAAAAAUUGAUUUUUUCGAAACCCUUGAUGAAAUAGUGCGAAAAUAUUCGGGGACUUUCUUGGGUUGAAAAUGAGUGAAGAAAGAGGAGUAAUGCAGAUAUUUUAGAGCCCAAUUUGAGUAAUGAUUUAUUGCUUCGUUUUCAUCAAUCGAGAGGGCAGCUUCUGAUUCGUAUAUGCAGAUACAGGGCCGUAUACAUACACACACUUAAUUUUAGGUAUUUCUCAUCAUUUGUUCCGUUUCCGGAUUAGAUGUCUGAAUUGGUGGCUCGAACUGGUCGGCAGCAGCAGCGUUACGAGGAUGGUUACCGUCUCAUUGCUGGGUGUAUUCCUUUCAGACAUAGGACUAUGAAAGAUGAUGAUGGUGGCACAAAUGAGAAUAUAAUCGAAGUAUUAAUGAUCAACUCGACUGGUGGACCUGGUCUUUUGUUUCCAAAGGGUGGGUGGGAGAAUGAUGAAACGGCUGAGGAGGCCGCCGAAAGGGAAGCCAUGGAAGAGGCUGGAGUUCGAGGCGAUCUAGUGCAUUUUCUUGGUUGCUACUCUUUCAAGAGCAAAACACUCCAGGAUGAAUACAGCCCGGAAGGGCUGUGUCGAGCAGCUAUGUAUGCCUUGCACGUGAAGGAGGAACUCGACUCGUGGCCCGAGAAGAGCCAUCGGCAGAGGAGCUGGCUAACCGUCGGAGAAGCAAUCGGAUGCUGCAGGCAUGCGUGGAUGCGGGAGGCGCUCGAGAAAGGUUUCUCAAAGUGGUGUGAGGAUGGCAUGAUCCACACUUUGCCAAGAAAGGGGUCAAGUUGACAUUUUUAAUACUGAAUUUUUUGUUAGAACAAUUAUCUAGCUGUUUAGGCUGAUUCUUGGUGCCUGUUUGUUUUGUUUUGUUUUGUUUUGUUUUGUUUCUCUCUCUCUAAUUUUAAAAUUCCCUUAAUCUGGAGAACAUAGGAACUUUGAGAGUAAGAUGCAAAUAGAUUGUGAUGUUUUUAGGUGUAAAAGGAUUUCAUAUUGGGUUUUUCCACACCCAAAAUUAAUGCCCCUCUUGAAGAAAAAAUCGAGAAAUGAAUUUGAGACUUGUCACCUUUUGACUU